AUGGCUUUUGGAUUCUAUUACUUCUCACUGCCAAGGCCCUAUGUCUAUCUCCUUGAACUUAUAGGCCUCAUCAAGUUCAUGAUCUUUAUGGCCUCUAGGCAUCUUGGCAGCUACUUGAGCUCAAGUUCACCAGCUUCCUCUAGAGAAAACAACAAUGCUUGCUCAGAGCUGGAUGCCAUAUCAUCUCAAGCUUCGCAGAUGACAUCGGAGUCAGUGAAGGAGAGGCUCCCCGUGGUAGAAUUCGGCAGUCUGGUGGAGAGAUGGAGACUGGGUGAAGAAAUAGAGCAUGUGUGCACCAUUUGUAUGAGAUGCUUGGAUGGAGGCCAUGAGGUCAGGGAACUCGGCAACUGUGCUCAUGCUUUCCACAGGGCCUGCCUUGACUUGUGGGUCGAUGAGGGCCGUUGGACGUGCCCAUUGUGUAGAUCAAAGCUUACUCCGGAGGGGACAUCAAUGGGGUUGUGA